AUGAGAUCGCAUCCGCAGCUGCUCUUGCUGCUGUUGUCUCUGUGGGGAGUCAUUUGGUAUGCUUCUGGCAUGUGUUCGAAGCCUGGAAAGCCAGCAAAUGGGAAGCGUCAAUUGUCACGUGAGGGAGGCAGGCGCGUCGUCACUUACACGUGCGACACAGGAUAUAUCCUUGUCGGGCGACACUCACGUCGCUGUUUGGGAAAUUCUAAGAACGGUUUCAAAUGGGAAGGCAAGAAACCCAAAUGCAUCGAAAGGACAUGCGGCUUUUUGAACAAUCCUUCCAAUGGCAGAGUGUCUACCAACGACGGUAAACUUGCCGUAUACAUCUGCAACCCCAGAUACCACCAAGUUGGUAAUGCUCUAAGAACAUGCUCCAGAGGUCAGUGGAAUGGCUCUCCUCCAACAUGUUGUUCAACAUUGCCUGAUCCGGUAAACGGUGACGUCAACCUCAGAAAUGGGCUAGCUACUUACUCCUGCAGCUUGGGCUAUCGUCUCGUGGGAAGUGCAGUUCGAGUGUGUACUAACUCUAGAUGGAGUGGAACGGCACCCUCUUGUCGAGCAGUUACGUGUCCUCAAUUGUCAUCUCUUGCGUUUGGAACAAUCACUCAGCCUCCAUCUGAAAAAUUCGCUGUCUACAUCUGCAACAGAGGAUACACACUAACAGGCAACGCAAUCCGAGUUUGUACAGGUGGCAGAUGGUCAGGCUCAAAACCCCGUUGCGAAAAGGUGACUUGCUCAAGAUUAAAUCGCCCUACCAACGGAUUUGUCCAAGUCACGGGCGACACAGCAACAUAUUCAUGCGCCGCCGGAUUCAACCUCAACGGCAACAGGAACAGACGAUGUCAGAAUGGAGUAUGGUCUGGUUCUCACCCUUCUUGCGUUAGAAUUACAGUUUGUGAAAGACUUCGUGAUCCUACAAACGGUGAUGUCAGGCUGUCAAGUAACAACAACAUUGCAACAUACACCUGCAAUUCAGGCUACACACUAGUCGGUAAUCAACAAAGAACGUGCUCCAACGGUGACUGGAGUGGCAUACAACCGUCGUGCAUACGGAUUUUGAUUUCGUGUCCAAGACUAAGGAACCCCACUAAUGGCCGCGUCCAACAGAACCGCGUUCGAGCUUUGUACACUUGCAAUCAAGGCUUUAGUCGGCAAGGUUUUCAAAGGCGAACAUGCAACAAUGGUGUCUGGAGUGGAAGACAGCCGUCAUGCGUUCGAAAUUGCCCGAGACUCGAUAGACCCGCAAACGGCAAUGUCGACCAGAUGAGGAACUCUGCGACGUACUCGUGUAACAGUGGCUACGAGCUACGCGGCAGGAGUAUGCGUACCUGCACAAACGGAAACUGGCUGGGCCAAGAGCCCUCAUGCAUAAGAGCCUCGAUUUGUGUCAAUGGAGACGAAUGGCGUGAUCGAUGCAACCAGCUCUGCACUUGUGUAGGAGGACGUCCUCAGUGCUGCCGUGAAAGAAAGGAUAUCGAGUCAAUGACUACAGCAGAGAAACGGCUUUACGUUGACACACUCAUUACAGCUUCGACAGAUGCACGUUAUCGCCGGGAUUACGAAGAUUUCCUUGAAAUUCAUAGUUUACAGUUUAACAAUGGAAUCCACGAAAGAAACCAAUUCUUGCCAUGGCACCGAUGGUUUCUCUUAGAGUACGAAAAUUUGCUGAAACGCAUCAACUGCAAUGUGACGGUUCCCUACUGGGAUUGGAGCCUCUGGGUAAUGAGACCGUUUGCGGCAAGCCUCUGGGGCGGUGAAAAUCAUCACAUCGGCGGAAACGGCACGGGAGCGGAUGGUUGCGUCAGAGAUGGCAGAUUUAGACGGGGUGCUUGGUUUCUUCCUGUUGGAGGUUGUCUUCAGCGUAACUUUAUCAAUAUGAACGACCCUCAGUUUAGACCGUUACCAGGUGUUGUGGAAAUUGCAGAAAUACUAAACAAUGGGCCAAAUCAAUUCCUACGAUUCGAAGGUGGCCUUCGGAUGAAUAUUCAUAACGAAAUGCAUUGCCAUAUACGGGGCACCAUGUGUUCUGCACGGUCUGCAUAUGCUCCCGAAUUUUUUCUUCAUCACGGAUAUAUCGACAAGUUGUGGGCCGACUGGCAAAAGAAGGGUCCGGGUUACCGCAAUGCUCACUUUUCCACAAUGAGAACUCCAAUGGCGGAGGCAGGCUUGACAACGCCCGCUGACGUCAUCGAUAACAACAAUUUGCCCGGUGGGAUUCGUGUUUGCUUUGCUGAACCUGCAGCAGGCGUCGGAUUUCCUGACAUCAUGGUAGCAGCAAGAGCGCUUAGUAACACUGUCCUUCAGCGGGUUAGACGUCCUAUGAUUAGGGAAAUGAGUGAUGAGGCCAUGGCUCUGUUUAGAGUGUCCGCAAGCGAUCGUAGAAUGGCUGCUGCCAUCCACAAAGACAUGCAGAUGGGAGCAGACAAGAUGCCACCGACGACUGCUCCAGGUCGUCAGUCAGAUGACGAAGACGAAGGCUCUAGUUCAGAAGCAAUGGAGCGAAUGGGUUUAUCUUUGGACAGUAUUCUGUCUGCAGGGAGUUAGUGUAGUCUUACGGUAAUUGUUAAUACAUGACGUGAUUGUUGACAGAGAGAACGAUAUCGUCAUCAUUUUGGUGUGUUUGCAAUAAAUGUUUUCGGUACUACAAUAGUUCUACUAGAGAAAUAUGUUAAUAACUGGUUUUGUCAUGUAUUGCAACUUUAAAAAUGGCAAUAAAUUUCUGU